AACUCCCCAAAAUCUUGAAUGAGCAGGGAUAAACUGGCAAUAAAUAAGCCUUUGGGGAAUGGUUCCCUCCAGAAAAAGAAAAAACAAAAAGCGAAAUGUGAAAAAGCUAAAGUCAACAUUCAGUGAAGAGGUGAAUCCGCAGGCGGCCAACUGUGAGUAUGUGGGGGUCAACUGUGUUUUUUUUCUUUGGCCAGAGGGGCAGUCACAGUGGAGGCCUACGAAUACUGACUAGCAACGAAAACAUACAAGUUUUUGGUUUCAGCUUUGAACUAAAUAUGAAAGAAAAAAAAAAAAAAAAAGAGCGGCUAUUUGAGGAAACAGCAGCGGUCUGGAACUCAGGACCAGAACCAGUAAGAGCCCGGGACUGGGGCUUUUUAUUCAUUUGGUGCAAUGCGAACACCGACCCGGAUAAAUGCUGAUAGCCGCGGUCAAACCCCCCACCCCACCCCACUUUCCUCCCUUCUAUCAAGCGUUUUGUGUCCCUUGGAAGCAAGUGACCUCACGGAGCAUCUUUUCACCGACACUUCACACAUUACAACUGUGGCCGAAGAGAAAAUGGCUGCAAUCAUCAUUGAAGCCAUUUCGCCUGUUUUCUCAAUCGUUCUGACUUGGUUAUUAAGUGACAUACAGUGGAAGGGUUUGUUUACUAGUGGUGCCGUCGGAAAAUCUGACAUCAUGGCGAUUCGCUCUAUAUUACUUCAAAAAUCCAUACAGUACGUACAAUACAAAAAAAGAGAGCAAAAAUGUGAGAUUCAAAGUCGGGCUGCGUUGUGUCUUGACGUAAAUGCGCAGUGACGUCAUCGUUUGCGCGCUUGAGAAUAUGGCAGCUUUCCAACCAAGCAACGGCAAGCAAUGUUUUUCAUCACUUGUAACUUGUUUUUAAUAAAGCUUUAGUUGUUAAAAAAAAAAAAAGCUUUAAAAUACAACUACUGAACCAAGUAGACAACGAGCCUCCCUCUUGAUAAAUUCCGUAACACUGACAUCGAUCUAUGCGUGUCACUGUUCUGCUUAAACGCCACAUCGGUAUCGAUCACGUCACAUAUAAACAGUUGAUCAGAGAUCUUCGAUCGGAAUGACAAAAAAAAAUACAAAAUGUCUGCAUGUAAACUGUGCUAUUGUCUUAUGCUACAGUAGCGGUUAUCGCUCCCCCUAGUGGUCGCGGGCAAUAACAGGUGCUCCGUUACCUUGUGCCUCGGGUCGGCUUUGACCAUUUGCACUCACGCUCGAGCCCGAUUAAUCCUGCCUUGCAACAAGUGGACAUCAAAGAGGCGUAUAUCAUCCCCAUUCGGUACGUUUUAGUUGUAGGAACAAGUUUUAAUUUCAGCCCUAUGUGGAGAAAAAGAGAGGGCGUUUGUGGACGCACCUGCCGCCCGGAACUGUUGGAGCCCAGGACCGGGGACUUUCCGCCGAUUUGGUGCAAUGCGAACACUUGAACGACAGCCGCCCAACGACACGGGCGACCCCUCCUCCUCUGCUUCCUACCUCUCCUUCCUCCUCGGUGGCGAGUGGGAGCUGCACCCGGAGCCAGGGCGUCACUCACGGCGGCACCGAGCCUCCUUCCACCUCCCCCGCCGAGCUGCCCCCAUUGCAUCGCCGCCGGGCUGGGGAGGAGACACAAGAGCAGGAGGAGGAGGGACACCGUGUCCGCCGCCGCCGCCCCCCGUCACGCUGAGCUCAACAGCGCGGAUUAGUCCACUAAGAAGCUCGGGGACGCUCAACACUUUUUGUUUGUCUGGUUAGCUCCAGACGCAGCUUUGUAGCCGCCGCUGCUCCUCCUCCGUCUCCUCAUCCUCCUCGGUCCUCUUUCUUCCUCCCCACGCGGCGAGACAUGGCGAAAGAGAACGGCGACGGAUCGUGGAAGAAACACGUCGACGACAUCAAGAGUGUGUUCGACUUCAAAGAAGUGCUCGGAACCGGCGCGUUCUCCGAGGUGGUGAUGGCGCGCGAGAAGGCCACGGGCAAGAUGGUCGCCAUCAAGUGCAUCCCCAAAAAAGCCCUAAAAGGGAAGGAGACGAGUCUGGAGAACGAGAUCGCCGUGCUGAGGAAGGUGUCCGGCGGUGAACUCUUUGACCGCAUCGUGGAGAAGGGCUUCUACACGGAGAUGGAUGCCAGUCGGCUCAUCCGACAAGUUUUGGAUGCCGUUAACUAUCUCCACUCCAUGGGCAUAGUGCACAGAGACUUAAAGCCAGAGAACCUUCUCUACUUUAGUCCGCACGACGAGUCGAAGAUCAUGAUCAGCGACUUUGGCCUGUCCAAGAUGGAGGGGACCGGCGACGUGAUGGCCACCGCCUGCGGAACUCCGGGAUACGUGGCACCUGAGGUGUUGGCGCAGAAGCCCUACAGUAAAGCCGUGGACUGCUGGUCUAUCGGGGUCAUCGCUUACAUUCUGCUCUGCGGCUACCCGCCGUUCUACGACGAGAACGACUCCAAACUCUUUGAGCAGAUCCUCAAGGCCGACUACGAGUUUGACGCGCCGUACUGGGACGACAUAUCGGAUUCUGCCAAAGACUUCAUCAGCCGUCUCAUGGAAAAGGAUCCCGAGAAGAGGUUCACGUGCGACCAGGCUCUGGAGCACCCCUGGAUCGCCGGAGGCACGGCGCUCUGCAAGAACAUUCACGAGUCCGUCAGUCGGCAGAUGCGCAAAAACUUUGCCAAAAGCAAAUGGAGGCAAGCCUUCAACGCCACGGCGGUGAUCCGCCACAUGCGGCGCUUGCAGCUGGGCACCAGCUUCGGCAGCAGCAUCCACAGCGGCGGCGCCGCCUCCGACUCGUCCGGCAGAGCGCCGACCAAGAGUCAGUCGGUGGACUGCGCCCCGCUCACCAUCCACGAAUGUCCGCCAAUGGCCCCCCCGGCACCCUCCGUCAAAGCGUUCAAUCGGGACUCGGAGGAGGCGCCGUCGGCGGCCGAGCCGGUCGUGCCCCGCCCCUCCACCGUCACGGUCAUCCACACGGGGACUAAAUGACGCCAGGUUCCGCGGGAGGUGAGCUGGGAGACCACAGAGCUUUAAGACGGGCCUCGUGAUUUCAGCGGUCGCCCGGCUCGCCCGUCCCGCCGCCUCCCUUGCAAAUUUUCGGGAGGAUUUUGAGGAGCUCGGCCUGGCGCGCUGAGGACGAGAGGGGUGAACGCCACUCGCGGUGCUCCCGAAGCCCCAUUUGGGCCGGAAGGAAGUGCACGGAGCGCCACGCUAAAGGGAGUUUUAUUUGUGAUCCGAGCUGCUGUCGGCGUCGUCCAAUCAGAUGCUCCGAUGUAUGCCUUGUGUAAAUAUUCCGCCCGGAGCCAAAUCCUCAAGCUUUUUUUUUUUUGCGCUGCGCCGAAUCACGCCGACGUCAUCCGCCCUUCGUGUCGGCUCCUUUGACCUUCGCUCUCCACGUCGGGCGCGCCGCACGAAUGUAUCGGGAUGGUUUCUUUCCGGACGUAAAUACGACCGCUCUGGGCGACUGUGAGUUCUCAGGGAUGUUGCUCGAAGCCAACCGAAUCCCCCACAACAACCCCCGACCGCCGCCGCCGCCGCCGCUCUCCAGCCAACACUGUGCACCGAUUAUUACGCUCCACGUGCCAAUAGGACAAUUUGCUUUCUUUCUGUACAUCGCUCGUCGUUGAUGGUAGACCCAACACACGUCAAGUUGAGGAUAUUGAGCUUUGUGGAACAUUUUCACUAUGAACCGAAAAUGCACCAUCACCUUCACGGGCGACAUUAGUUUGACUUUGUCCAACUGUUUGUUUUUCUUUCUUUAUUCGUUCACUUGAUGUGAACAUCACACAAAAAAACAUUGUACAAACCAGAUUCAUGGCUCGAAGUGUUUUAGCAUCAGUGCUAAUUCUAAACCCAUUUUAGAAGCAGUUCCGAUAUUGAAGUCCCUGUGAAGGAAACACAAAAUGUCUUUCAAAUUUGCCACGCCACAGAGAAUGUUGGCAAAUUUGAAUCAUUGGAAAAAUUGCCAAGUAUAUAAAAUGAGGCUUGAAAAUCCCCUGGCAAACGCCGCGGGCGUGUCCGCUGAAUACGUGGACACCCCGCCCGCUCGGCUGUUAACUGUCAAUCAAAUACUAGUACUACGACCUGGUCAAAUGGAUGCAGCUUCAUUUUUGCAGUUUUUGUUUUGUUUUUGGUUUUUUCCAGCAUCUAAAUUUCCAUGCAAGCAGCUCUGUCCAGCCAAUUAAUUUUUAUGUAUUUAUUAUUAUUAUUAUUUUUAGGUCCCUGCCAAAUAUAUUAGGGUCAGUUUCCAGCUUCAACGCUUUGGGAAGCAAAUUCCAGAGUCUCACCCAUAACCUUUUAAGGUGAGACUUUUAACCUUUAACCUUCAAGCCGGACUGUCCAAAAGAAGUCUUGACAUGGCGGCCGAACCGAAACCUUCAACUGUUGCUCGUUCAAAAUUUGAAACAAGGUCAAAUGAAGUUCACCGGUAAAGAGCAUUUUCGGCGGGACAGCUCGAACAUUUUGCGAGAAGUGCAACUUGUGAUGUUUCCCUUUAAAAAAAACAAAACAAAUAGCUACUGUAUUCCAGUGACAAACCAUGCAAACGCAGAGGGUUGCGGUUGAGUCGAUUGUACAGUUCAGUGGUUGCGCUUCUUUGCGUUCAUAGCGGCCUGUUGAAUUUCGCGGGAAGACUCUCUCCUCCUCCCUCCAGUUGCCGCAUUUUCUCUCUCGGAAUUCUUUCUCUCGAAUGUCAAAGUGGAGUUCAUUCAUGCUGCGUAAAGAAUAAGAUUAACGAGCCUCCGUUUGCUGUAAAUACGAAUCUCAAGAGUUUAUUUCUCGAGCUCUGAAUGUUUCUUCUUCUUCUUCUUCUUCUUCUUGCUGUCGUCUUCCCUCGAUGCGCCGAAAUUGGGCAAAAAAAUACACACGAAAGCUGUGAAUCCCCCUCCUCCAAUGCAUGUGUUGCAUGUUUUGCUGCAGAAAUGUUGACAUAUAUUUAAAAAAAUAAAAAAAUAAAAUACA